AUGCAGGGUGUCUCCUUGUUGGCUCUCAUCACUUUCAGUUCUCUUAUGUAUUUAUUAACAAAUGCCAACGAACUUCAAAGGAAUGUUUCAUCAUCACAAUGCAAGCCGUGCUCUUCGUGUGGAAUGCCAGGACUGCCUGGAAUGCAGGGAAUGCCUGGAUCCAACGGAAUACCAGGAACCCCUGGGGUACCAGGCUCACCAGGUCCUUCAGGUCCGCCGGGAAGAAGUGGCGACACGGGGGAAAAGGGUCGGCAAGGAGAUGCAGGAAUCUCCGGUAAACCUGGUUCAAGAGGCUCCCGGGGACACAAAGGGCUGACUGGAGAAAAAGGAGAAAUCGGUAACACGGGGAAAAAGGGCAAUGAAGGAGUCCCCGGGAAAAUUGGUCCACGAGGCUCCAAAGGCUCUAAAGGAGAAAUAGGAAGCAAAGGUGUAAGUGGUACGGGUGUCCCUGGAGUGACUGGCCCCAGGGGUCCCAAAGGACUCAAAGGAGAAACAGGGAUGACUGGAACAAGGGGACAGAAAGGAGAUGCGGCAAAUAUUGACCCAAGACAGUUGGCCAAUUGGAAACAGUGCGCAUGGAGGUCAGACAUGAAUACAGACAGCGGAAAAAUAAAGGUGUGUAACCUUUCACCUUGA